AGCAAAUGUGCAAUAGAAUACAAACUGAGAAGGAUGCGUCCGGUGCUUGCAUUCCGAUAGCGUGUCCUUAAGAUUGCCAUAUGAUUUACUGAUAGCGUGUCCUUAAGAUUGCCAUAUGAUUUUAAAUGCAAUAUCCUCCGUAGUAAAUACAUGGACCCAAACAUUAUCCUUGUUCCAUCAAGCAUCAUAUUAAUGAUUUUAAGUCUUGUAAGUCAUCGCCUCUGAGAAAAGAAAAGGAGAAAAAGACUUCCAGAUCCAAGUCAAAAAGAAGUGAAAGAAGAAGCUGCCUGGCAAGUGCACCUCGCCUCAUUUAGUCAUUUUCAACCUCACAUUCACAUUGCAGCAGGCACUAAGAAACUAUCUACUUGAGAGUUGAGAUCUCAUAUCUACAAUACAAAAGCACUCUAGCAAGGCAGAUCAAUAGGAAGGCAACAUUCAACAGAUGGAGCAAAUUAGCAAGCAGAAUAUGGCUUCUCUGACCAACGAAGCAGCAGCCAGUUCUUCAUCUUCUUCUCUUCCACGUUCUUCUACUGACCAAAAUCAUUACAUAUACGAAGUGUUCCUGAGUUUUCGAGGCGAGGAUACGCGCUUUACUUUUACAGAUCAUUUGCACACCGCUUUAGAUGAUAGGGGAAUUAAGACCUUCAUAGAUGAGGAGCUCAGAAGAGGAGAAGAAAUAUCACCGGCUCUUCUCAAAGCAAUUGAGGAGUCAAGAGUUUCAAUCAUCGUCUUCUCUCAAAAUUAUGCUUCGUCAAGGUGGUGCUUAGAUGAGCUGGUCAAGAUACUUGAAUGUAGAAAAUCCAAAAGACAGGAGGUUAGACCGAUUUUCUACAAGGUGGAUCCCUCGGAUGUACGACACCAAACAGGUGCUUUCGGUGACGCAUUUGCUGAACUUGAUCAAUACAAAUACAAGGAUAGUAUGGAAAAAUGGAAGGCAGCUCUUGCGGAAGCAGUAAAUUUGUCUGGAUGGCCUUUCAAGGAUGGCGAAUCCGAGGCUAAAUUAAUCAAGAGAAUUGUUGGGGAUUUGUCCGCCCAAGUAAUAAACCCUUCAUGUGAGUUGCAUGUUGCUGAACAUCCAAUUGGAUUAGAGUCUUGUAGACAAGAUGUCAAUAAUCUUAUAGAUGUCGAGGAGAAUAACAUGGUUGGCAUAUGGGGGCCUGGUGGAAUAGGAAAGACCACAAUUGCGAAGGAUGUGUUUAAUUCAAUCCGCCAUAAGUUUGAAGGUAGCUGUUUCUUAGCAGAUGUUAGAUCAAACGGCCUAGCCCAACUGCAAGAGACACUUUUGUUUGAUAUUUUAAGAGACUCAACUUUGAAGGUGCCUAAUGUUGAUGUAGGUGUCAGUUUGAUAAAGAAAAAGAUGCGACAUAAAAAAGUUCUCUUAAUCCUUGAUGACGUGAGCGAUUCUAGCCAAUUACAAAAAUUAGUUCCAUCCCCUGAUUGUUUUAGGUCAGGCAGUAGAAUUCUCAUAACAACAAGAGAUAAACGUUGGCUAAUUGCUCAUGAAGUUGAUGAAGUAUACGAGGUCAAGAUGUUAAAUGAUCGUCAUGCUUUGGAGUUGUUUAGCUUGCAUGCAUUCAGAAGAAAUGGACCUCUAAGCAAUUAUCUGGAACUUGCACAACGUGUAGUACGCUAUGCCCAAGGCCUUCCAUUAGCUUUGAUAGUUUUAGGCUCUCAUCUAUUUCGUAGAAGCAUAGAGGAGUGGAAAGCUAUAAUAGGUAGUUGUAAAGGAGGUCUUCAGACGGAGAUACAAGAUGUUCUUAGACUAAGUUAUGAUGCUCUCGGAGCAGAUUUAAAAGAACUAUUUCUUGAUAUCGCUUGCUUCUUUAAAGGUGAGCAAGUAGACCAUGUGAAACCAAUACUAGAAGCUUGUUACGGCCUCAAAUCAGUGAGUGGUAUUCCACAACUCGAAGAAAAGGCCUUAAUAAGAAUUGACAAAGAUGCUUGGAGAGGUUGUAGGAUUUGGAUGCAUGACUUGAUAGAAGAAAUGGGUAAAGACAUUGUGCAUCAGGAGUCACAUGUUGAGCCUGGGAAACGUAGCAGAGUGUGGAAGAGAGAAGACGUGGACCACAUUUUAACAAAUAAUACAGGAACGAAGACAGUUUUAGGCAUCCAGGUCCCGUGGCGUGAACGAUCAUCAACAAUUUCUUUGAAUGCUAAAAGCUUCUUAGAGAUGAAGAAUCUUAGAUAUAUUUCUAUGGGCAAAGAUCUGGAAUAUGAACCAUUUUCUGGAGACAUUGAUUAUCUCUCCAACCAGUUGAGGUGGCUUGAUUGGCCUGAUAGUCCGUUGCGAUCGUUUCCAUCCGAUUUUUAUGCAAACAAACUUGUAAAGCUCAAUAUUCCUAACAGCCGCAGAAUCACACGACUAUGGGAGAGACAUAAGAAUUUUUCAAGGCUAACAUGUAUGAAUUUAAGGGGUUGUGAAUCCCUAAAGGAACUCCCAGACUUCAGUGGAAUCCCUAACUUGAAAGAGUUGGAUCUAUAUGAGUGUACCAGGUUAGUUGAGGUUCCUGAUUCCCUUAGAUUGCUUGAUAACCUUGUUACCUUGAACGUUGACCACUGCAAGAACCUUAUAAGGUUUCCAAGAAAAAUCAACUUUAAAUCUGCAAAAACAAUUUAUAUUAGGUAUUGUAAGCUUGAGGAAUUUUCAGAAGUUGGGAAAGAGAUGGGUUUCUUGAGAAGUUUGGAUCUAUCAGGCACUUGCAUUAAAGAAUUGCAUCCGUCCAUUACAAUGCUUAUUGGGCUAGAAGAGUUGAAUCUACAGAAUUGUAAAAAUCUUACAACUUUGCCGUAUAAUAUUUAUGAGUUGCGCAAUCUAAAGUUUCUUGAUGCGAGGGAUUGCCCAAAACUUGCUACAUUUCCAGAAAUUCCAUUAAAGAUGGAUUCCUUGAGACUACUCUCUCUUUCAGGCAGUGAUAUUAGAGAGUUGGAUCAUUCAAUUGGAAAUCUCAUUGGGCUUGAAGUGUUGGAUCUUACGGGCUGCAAAAAUCUUACAACUCUACCGUGCAGCAUUUAUGCGUUGCAAAAUUUACAGACGCUUUCUCUUUUUGAUUGCUCAGAACUUGUCAGAUUUCCUAGAAUAACCGACAUUUUGAAUGUCGAUGGUUGCCCAUUAUCACUUCCCAAGCUACUUUGGUUCCAUAUCGGAGGAUGCAGAUUAUCAGAUUGUGAUUUCCUCGUGACUCUUGAUUGCUGGGACACAUUAAUCUGGCUUGAUCUGUCAAGAAACAAUUUUGUUAGUCUUCCUGCUUGCAUAACCAAAUUUGUCAACUUGAAGAUACUUGGCUUGUACGGUUGCAAGAGACUCCGAGAAAUUCCGGAGCUUCCACCAAACGUUCACAUUGACACAAGUGGUUGUGAAUUACUGGAGGAGAGAUUCUCGACAUUGACAAAUCCUGGAGCUGUGAUAGAGGCAGAGUCGCCGUCAUUUGAAUUUGAUGAUGAAGAAGAGUCAACUCCGUCGUUAUGGCCGGCUUUCUUUGUCUUCCGAAACUCCGAAACGACACCGCAGCGCGGAAGAACCAUCACCGGCUGAGUUGUCAUGGCUCUUUCCCUGUACGGAACCAACACCAGUGAUUCCUCCGAAACGACAACGCACUGCCGCCGGGGGGCAAGCAUCGGUGGUCCAGUCCACUAUAUGAAUUGACUAUCUCCCCAAUCCCCAUGUUCCCUGACCUCCACAGCUCCCAUCACUCAACUACUACUCCACAGCUUCAACACCAAGACGAACCAAUUAACUGAGUUGUUAAGGCUUUCUCUGUCUUCAGAACCAACAAAACCUCGUGGCCCAGUUAAAGGUGAUCAACACCACUGGCUGUCUCUGUCUGUCUGACCAAGUUGAAUUUGAGAUGACCGCAAAUGAGCCAGAAGCAAAGAAGUUCUAGCCUGGCCUUGGCUAAGAAUCUUGCUUCAAUGCGGCAGGUGUGUGCUGACCUUCUUGAGGAAAAUGGAAUUGAUACUCGAUCAUAUGUGGUGGUUGAUGGGGUUUUCACAGUGACAAGCAAGUGGCAUGAGUCUAUCUAGAGGCUGCGGCAGGAUUAGGCUCUUUCCAACAAGUAUGUCUAUUAAUCAAAACUAAUCAACGAGAUGGAAUUGAUGCUAUGAGUACUGCUUCUUGGAGUUUGCAGACGAGUACAUUCAUGCAAGCAAGUUGGUGCUGUAAAUAUCCAAUGAACCCCACUUAGAUGUAUCCACUGAUGGAUUUUACCUAUUUCAGAGUUGGAAGGUUACGAGCAAAAAUACAGUGGUAUACCUUGACAAUCGUGAGACUCUUAUGAUGGUCAGAGAAAGCAAUGGCGAGGUCUAAUUGGGUGGUUGAUCAAGAGUUUGCGGCGGACAUAGCCAUAGGCAAGUGGCAUGAUACUAAAUUAGCUUCCCUGAUUCGAAGCUCCAAAUAUCAUCAGGCCGAUAUCCAUCGAGUGGGCAGGUUGAUGAAGAGUUUGCAGAUAUGGUCAUAGACAAGUGACGUCAGGCUGGGGCUUCCCUGUUUGGAGGCUGCUGCAGAACAACUCCAAAUACCAUCAAGGCAAUAUCCAAGGCUGUUUCCAACAAGCUAGUCUUUCGCAGUUAACGAUGCUUAGUUAUGAAAUUGAGAUGUAAAUAAUUGUAAUCUAAUGCUGAGAAUAAGGGCACGUGUCUGUUUCAUUUCUUGUUUGGUAACUCAGAGGAAGUAGCAAAUUACUAUCACCAUGGUGCUGCUGCUGUAUAAUGACAGGUGAGGUUGUUUAACAUCCGAUAACAGUGCUUGUUACCUUUCAAAGUUAAAUCUCACUAACAUUCCGUAGUGGGUACUAAACAAGCCUCUGAAAUUAGAUUGGCAUCCUACUAGUCAUAUUGACAGAAAAUCUUGAAAAGUUAGCUCAUUGAAACCGAGUUCUAGAAAUGAUCAUUUCUCUGCACAGAAAAUCUGGUUUAUCCUAUGUGUCCAAUGUCAUCUCUUUGUAGUAUCAUUGUGCUUAACGUGCUAAGAAAAUUUUAAUUUUA